UGAAAAUUAUCACCCCUGUAUCCGGACACAGAACAUCUGGACAGCACAUCCCAGAGAGCCUUUAAGACGGAGGAAGCGUUGAGAGGUUCCACAGAGUUUCACUUCAGGAUGAGCUCAGCACAUGUUCUGAAGGCUCUGUGCCUGCUGAUGCUUUUCUCCACGGUCAGUUCUCAGCAGGGCUACAUGUAUGAAACCGAUGAGGAUUGGGUGAAUACCUGGCGCCAGGGCUUCAACUUUCAGUGUCCCCAUGGUGAGGCAUUAGUGGCAAUCAAGAGUUACUUCAGUGAGAAAGAAGGCUCGGACCGCCUGUGGAACUUUGAGUGCCAGAGAACUCCCUACAACUGGGGAGAGCCUAGCGAAUGCUGGUGGGACGAUAUCAACAGAGCCGGGAUGGAAUGGUCCUCAGUUUGCACUAACAAUGGGCUGGUUGCUGGCAUUCAAAGUCAGUACUUUGAAGCGGUUCUGGAUCGAGAAUGGCAGUUCUACUGCUGUCGAUAUGCCCGCAGAUGCCCGUAUUCCUGCUGGAAGACGACUGAUGUUCCAGAGUACCACAGAGAAGAGGGAGAGAUGGUAAUUCCCAGUUACGGCUACUUCAUAAGGGGGGCCCAAACUACUUUCAGUGGUGUACUGAGGGAUCGGCAGUGGAAGUACAUCUUGUGCCGAAUGACAGACUUUGAUUGUCAAUUUGAAAACUUCUAGACUGCAUUCAUCACUUAAUGUCCUUAUCGACACAUCUAUGCUAAAUGAGCACAUGCACGUCACCACAAGAGCAUUUAAUAUAGCACUCACAGAAAACAUAUAUGACAUUCUCCAUUUUUUUAUUAGCUUAACAGUUUAAAAAUUAUUGUUUUACUCUGUCUGUAAGUGAGCAUGGACUGCCAUUUUCUCAUAUUUUGCAGUUAUUUCUAUGUUUACAAAUAAUUUGUAAUCAUUUUAAAAUAUAAAAUAUCCAGCAAAAAGGAACAAAAACAUUUUUAUAUUGUUGUGUUUUAUGAAUAAGCUGCACAUACAUUUAUGCAACCAUGUAAUAAAAA